AGGCUCACGGUGAAGAUUAUUUUGGUGUCAAGUGCGGUUACUGCGGAGGAGCGCAUCAUGUCAGUGGUCGGUAUUGACGUGGGUUUCCAGAACUGUUACAUCGCCGUGGCCAGGAGCGGCGGCAUCGAAACCGUAGCCAAUGAAUACAGUGACAGAUGCACACCGGCUUGCGUGUCUUUGGCCUCGAAAAACCGCAUGAUCGGGAAUGCAGCCAAGAGUAAGGUCAUAACAAAUUUCAAAAAUACAGUCCAUGGCUUCAAAAAGUUCCAUGGCAGAGCGUUUGAUGAUCCAUUUGUUCAACGGGAAAAACUCAAACUGCCUUACAGCUUGCAGAAAAUGACGAACGGCAAUACCGGAAUUAAGGUACAUUAUUUGGAUGAGGAUAAAGUGUUCACCAUUGAGCAGAUAACCGGGAUGCUGCUCACCAAGCUGAAGGAGACAUCAGAAAGCGCUCUGAAGAAGCCGGUGGUGGACUGCGUCAUCUCUGUUCCGGGUUUUUUCACAGACGCUGAGAGACGUUCUCUAAUUGACGCUAGCCAGAUCGCAGGGCUGAACUGUUUACGGUUGAUUAACGACACCACAGCAGUUGCUUUGGCUUAUGGAAUCUACAAACAGGACCUACCUACUCCUGAGGAGAGGCCAAGAAAUGUAGUAUUUGUGGACAUGGGGCAUUCAUCAUACCAGGUCUCCAUCACUGCCUUCAACAAAGGCAAACUUAAGGUCCUUGGCACAGCAUUUGACCCGUACCUCGGUGGGCGUAACUUUGAUGAGGCAUUGGUUGAUUACUUCUGCGAGGAGUUCAAGAGCAAGUACAAGCUCAAUGUGAGAGAGAACCCAAGAGCUCUACUGCGGCUGCAACAGGAGUGCGAGAAACUAAAGAAGCUUAUGAGUGCUAACUCUUCUGACCUGCCUCUGAACAUCGAAUGCUUCAUGAACAGCAUUGAUGUUUCUAGCAGGAUGAACAGGGGCCACUUUGAAGACAUGUGUGCUCAGUAUCUGAUGAGGGUGGAGAUGCCACUGAAAGCAGCACUUGAACAAUCAAAACUGAGUCGGGAUGAAAUCUGUGCAGUGGAGAUCGUUGGGGGGGCCACAAGAAUCCCAGCCAUCAAGGAGAGGAUCACCAGAUUCUUCGGCAAAGAUGUUAGUACCACACUUAACGCGGACGAAGCUGUCGCUCGAGGUUGUGCUCUUCAGUGUGCAAUUUUGUCUCCAGCAUUUAAGGUGCGUGAAUUCUCCAUUACCGAUGUGGUUCCCUUUCCCAUUACUCUGCGCUGGAAAUCUCCAACAGAUGAUGGACUGGGAGAGUGCGAGGUUUUCAGCAAGAAUCACGCUGCUCCAUUUUCCAAAGUGAUCACCUUCCACAAGAAGGAACCCUUUGACCUUGAAGCUUUCUACAGUAACCCCCAAGAGCUCCCUUACCCAGACCACAGGAUAGGUUGGUUUUCUGUACAGAAUGUGGUUCCCCAGCCAGAUGGAGACAGCUCCAAAGUAAAGGUCAAAGUGCGUGUCAAUAUCCACGGCAUCUUUAGUGUGUCCUGCGCUUCGCUGAUUGAGAAGCAGAAAGGAGAGGACAUGCAGAUCGACUUGGAGCCAGUGGUGCAGAAUGAAAGCAGACCAGAAGACCAGCACAAAAUGCAGGUGGACCAGGAAGGACAAAAUCAGGAGGAUCAGCAGAAUGAGGACAGCAGUUCCCACAGUAAGGAUGGGACUGCUGGGGAAAUGGAAGACCCAACAGCAGGUGGAAACAAGCCCAAAGUCAAGGUGAAGAGUACUGAUCUGCCCGUUCUGUCUAAAAACGUCCGACAGCUUGACAGAGACGUGUUAAAUAACUUUGUGGAGUAUGAGCAACAAAUGAUUGUUCAGGACAAACUGGUGAAAGAGCUGAAUGAGGCUAAAAACGCUGUGGAGGAGUAUGUGUAUGACCUGCGGGACAAGCUUUGUGGAAUCUACGAAAAGUACAUCACAGCAGAGGUAUGCACUGUUUUUGACAGUAACCGUCUGACACUGAUGCUGGAGGACAUGGAGAACUGGCUGUAUGAGGAUGGAGAGGACCAACCUAAAGAAGUCUAUGUGGACAAGUUGGAGGCACUCAAGCGAUUGGGCGAACCCAUUCAGAAUCGGCACAGAGAGCAUGAGGACAGGCCCAGAGCUUUUGAGGAGUUGGGCAAGAAACUACAGCUGUAUAUGAAGGUUGUUGAUUCCUACAAACAGAAAGAUGAGCAAUACCUACAUGUGAGUGCAGAAGAAAUGAGCACUGUGGAAAAGUGUGUGAUUGAGACCACGGGUUGGAUGAACACCAAGAUGAACGCACAGUGCAAAAUCACCACUACUCAAGACCCCGUGGUCAAAGUAGCAGAUAUCAUUGCCAAAAUACAGGAAGUGGAAGACAUCUGCAGUCCAGUGGUCAACAGGCCGCGGCCCACAGUGGAGGACGUCCCUGAAGUGAACGAGCACAACAGCGGAGCUCAUAACGGCCCACCAGCAAACCAAGGAGCAGAAGGGACGAAGCCCAGCACCAAAGCAAUGGAAACGGAUUGAAGCCAUCAAACUCUGGAGCCACCGCUGACCGUUUAGAAAAGUGACCAUUUUGGGACCAUUUCGGCAUCAUAACCAGCCACAUUCAUGGACUUUUUUAUUUAUUUAUUUUUCUUUCUCCCUUGCACUUUACAUGUGCUUCCCUCUUUUAAAGGUGUCACAUACCUGAUGAUAAAUUAAAGAAUGUUCAUGCAGUAGAUAACUUUUUUGUUUGUAUUCA